AACAGCUAGCAAUUCGAUUAGAAUUUGCAGCCGCGUUUAAGUGCAUUAAAAGUGAAUUCCAAUACAAACAUGGCGCGUGCCCAGAGUCCCGCCGGCGAGGGUGAAAAGGAUGUCAAAGAGAAAGACGCGAAAGAGAAGGAGGGGGGCAAGGCAGCGACCACCAGCAACUCUUCGCGCAGGGAGCGCGAACGCAAACGCCGUGGUUCCGCCUCCUCUAGCAGCGACUCCAGCAGAAGUUCAUCUGACAGCAGCUCGUCGCGCAGCAGCUCUGGCACUGGGUCCCGCUCCAGCUCGAGCAGUUCCAGUGAUUCGUCGAGCUCCUCCUCGUCCUCGUCCAGCGACUCGGAUCGUAGCGAGAAGAACCGUCGUCGUGGAGCAGCCGGUGGUGGCGGUGGCGCCGCUGGUGGCAAGGAUAAAGACAAAGAGAAGUCGCGUACGCGAUCUCGGUCACCGCGUCGCACAUCAAAAUCUCCACAGCCCAGCAACAAGGCUCGCAAGGAACCCGAACGCGAGCGAGAGCGUCGCAGCCGGUCCAGGGAUCGUGCUCGUCGUGCCGGCUCUAAUGACAGAGGCGCCGUAGGAGGCGACAGUAACAAUGUGAAGCGAGAGCGGUCCCGCUCGGGCAGUCGCUCGCGGUCGCCACGGCGUCGUGGGCGCACUUCGGGAGACAGGACUCCGCCGCCGAAGAGACGCGAGCGCACACGUUCGCGCACACCGCGUUCGCGCUCACCCACACCGAAGCCGGUGCGCAUUCAUGUCGGUCGACUGACCCGCAACGUGACCAAGGAUCAUGUAUUCGAGAUCUUCAGCAGCUUUGGAGAUGUGAAGUCCGUGGAGUUUCCAACCGAUCGCUACCAUCCGAAUUUCGGGCGAGGCAUGGCCUACGUGGAGUAUGGCACCGCCGAGGACUGUGAGAGUGCCAUGAAGCACAUGGAUGGCGGCCAGGUUGAUGGCCAAGAGAUAACCGUGUCGCCCGUUAUCAUACCCAAACAGCGGCCACCCAUGCGUCGUCCGUCGCCACCGAUGCGACGGCCGCAAGGCAACCGCUGGCGUUCCCCGCCGCAAUUCAAUCGAUUCAAUAAUCGUGGUGGCGGCGGACGUCGGCCAUCGCCCCCUAACCGUAACCGGAAUCGUUCACCGCGCCGUCGCUCUCGGUCCCCCAUCCGUCGUCGACGCCGCAGCAACAGCUCAGACAGCUCCCGCUAGAGGGAUCCUUAGAUGUACAUUGGACAAGCGAUUUCUACUGAUUUAUACACAUAAAACACAAGCUUCAAUUUAUUUCACAUUAUUAUCGGAACAAUAAACGUGCGCGGAGCAUAUGCGGCACUUAAUAAAUAUAUAAA